AUGCCGGCGUCGCUCGGGCGACGAGGCGCCCCGCAGGACGCGCGAUCAUGGCCGCGUGGGGUGCGCGCCCUUCUGCGGCGCGUGUCGGACCCGACGGACGUCGGGUGCGCGUGGGCGGUCGCGGGCAUGGUGCUGAUCUGGGAGGUCCUCGUGACGGCGCUCAUAGUUUGGAAGGUCCCGUACACGGAAAUAGACUGGAAGACAUACAUGGACCAAAUUGACAUCGUGCAUGCGGGCGAGACGGACUACACGUCGAUCGAGACGGGCACGGGGCCGCUCGUGUACCCGGCCGGGCACGUCCACAUCUUCUCCUGGCUGCGGCACCUCACGGGCGGGUCGAUCCCGCACGGCCAGGUCAUCUUUGGGGGGGUGUACGUGCUGACGCAGGCCAUCGUGAUGUGGUGCUACGUGACGGCGCAGCUCCUGCCGCCGUGGGCGCUCCCGCUCCUCGCGCUCUCCAAGCGGCUGCACUCGAUCUACGUCCUGCGCCUCUUCAACGACUGCUGGGCCAUGCUCUUCACGCACGCAGCGGUGGCGCUGAUGCUCUCGCGGCGACACAACGCGGCGAUCGUCGUGUUCUCCGCGGCGGUGAGCGUCAAGAUGGGCGCGCUGCUGCUCGCGCCCGGCGCCCUCGCCGUCGUCGUCCAGGAGGGCACCGCCGACGGACUCGCGGUGGGGUCCGCCGCGGGCGUGCUGCUGCAGGUGGCGUUGGCGAUGCGUUUCCUCCUCGCGCACCCGCUGCAGUAUCUGUCCCGCGCGUUCGAGCUCGGCCGCGUCUUCCUGCACGUCUGGACGGUCAACCUCAAGUUCCUCCCCGAGCACGUCUUCGUGUCGCGCGCCCUCCACGUCUUCCUGCUCGUGCUGCACAUCGCGCUCCUGGCGGCGUUCUUCCGCUACAAGUGGUUCCAGGGGACGCAGGGGCCCGCCUGGUGCAUCCAGCGCAUGUUCAGCCCGCGGCCCCGCGCGGCGGGCGAGGGCGACGGCGGCGCCGCGCAGAGGCGGCAUGUGCUGUACGUGCUGUGCACCUGCAACGUCGUCGGCGUGGCCUGCGCGCGCUCCCUGCACUACCAGUUCUACUCCUGGUACUUCCACUCGCUCCCGGCCCUCCUCUGGAUGCUCCCGUGGCUCCCAGCGGUGGGAAAGGUCGCCGUGAUGGGCGUCGUCGAGUGGUGCUGGAACGUGUUUCCCUCGACGCCAACGUCGUCGCUGGUGCUCACGGGCGUCCACGCGGCGCUGAUCGCGGCGCUCCUCGCCACCGCGCCGCCGCGCGCCGCUACGCCCAAGCACAAGACCGUGUAA